GAGUCAAAAUUGAGAUUUAAAUAACAGCUUCACAUCGUUGUCGACCGAAUCUCCUGGUGCAUUUGCAUUCGCAUAAACCCCGCGAAAUUCACUCCCUCAAUCCAGAACCCCCGAACCCUCCGCCCGCCGCCGCCGCCGCAGCAGCAAUCGCCGUCGCCAUGGCCAGCCUCGCCGCCCCUUCGGUCUCCAUCAAGCAACCACCAUCUCUCAUUCUAUCGCCGCCGCAGCAGAUGCCCCCACCUUCCAGGCACCAAGGACUCAGCUUCACCACCACGCGCCACCGCAAAAUUUCUUAUUCCGCUCACCCCAAAACGCCCCUGGCAAUCUCCGAAAAGAUCUCGCCGUCCUCCAUCAAUUCGUCGCCUUCCGGCAGGAACAAAAAUCCAAUUGUAGUUAUCGAUAAUUACGACAGCUUCACGUAUAAUCUAUGCCAAUACAUGGGAGAGCUGGGCUGUGAAUUUGAGGUAUACCGAAACGAUGAGCUUACCGUUGAUGAGCUAAAAGGGAAAAAUCCAAGAGGUGUAUUAAUAUCACCCGGACCUGGUACACCUCAAGAUUCAGGAAUAUCACUGCAGACAGUGCUGGAACUUGGACCGAAAGUACCAUUAUUUGGUGUGUGCAUGGGAUUGCAAUGCAUUGGGGAAGCUUUUGGAGGGAAAAUUGUACGGUCUCCUUAUGGAGUUGUGCAUGGAAAAAGUUCUCUAGUAUAUUACAAUGAGGGUGAGGAAGAUGGCUUGUUUGCAGGCUUAUCAAACCCUUUUACUGCAGGUAGGUACCACAGCCUUGUGAUUGAGAAGGAAAGUUUUCCAAGCGAUUUUCUCGAGAUAACUGCAUGGACAGAAGAUGGGUUAGUUAUGGCUGCUCGUCACAAAGUACACAGACAUCUACUGGGUGUUCAGUUCCACCCAGAAAGCAUCAUCACUAGCGAAGGAAGGACGAUAGUCCAGAAUUUCAUCAAGCUGAUAGAAAGAAAAGAAGCUGAAUCCAACAUUCCAUAGUCGAUUUUUGAAUGAAGGUUGAAACGAAACCUCUUGAGAAAAUGACUUCCUUCUCUGCUGGAGACCGAGAGGAAUCUCUUGAGAAAAUAAUAAUAAUAAUAAUUCGAUGGGUUUAAAAAACAGUGAAAUAAGCUGAUGAGAAGGUGCAGUAGUCAUUUAAACAGAGGACAAUAAAUCAACAAACGUGUGUGGAUUGCUUAGCUUCGUUGUUUUAUUACAAUUUUGUUAUUACUUGAUGGGGUUAUUUUUUUUUUUUUUU